AUGGCGGCAGACAAGUGGAAGUGCCCAACUGAAGUUCCUACAUCUCUCACAAUCAAUGGGACGUAUGAUCUGCCGUGGGUAGUGCGAGUGCGAGAGAUUCAGGGUAACAUAAUGCUGGCAUCUCUGACACAGAUUGUGUUAGGGGGGACGGGUGUUGUGGGUUUACUGCUGAGAUUCAUAGGGCCGCUCACAAUCGCUCCGACUAUUGCACUGGUUGGUCUGUCCCUCGCCUCGCUUGCGGGAGCGUUAUGCAAGGACCAAUGGGGCAUCAGCACAGGCACAGUGCUCCUUGUGGUGUGCUUCGCGCUGUUCCUUGGGAAAUACCAACUUCCAGUUCCAGUAUAUACAAGACAGAAACGGUGCCACAUCAACCGUUAUCCCUUCUUUCAGCUCAUACCUGUCCUCCUGUCAAUUGUCAUCAUGUGCAUCCUCUGCUUCGUGCUUACACAAUCGGACGUGUUCCCAACCAACAGCACAGAUCCUGGUUUCCAGGCCAGGACCGAUUCGAGACUCCACGUUGUGAAGGACGCUCCUUGGUUUUACUUCCCAUAUCCAGGGCACUUGGGUCGGCCCACUAUCAGUGCUGCCGGGUAUGUUGGGAUGUUGGCAGCUACCAUCGCCUCCAUCAUAGAGUCUGUCGGGGACUACUUUGCUGCUGCCCGUGCCAGCGCCGCACCUCCUCCCCCAUCGCAUGCUGUAAAUCGGGGGAUUGUGAUGGAAGGCCUUGGAAGUCUCAUAGCCGGUAGUGUAGGUGCUGUGCAUGGUAUAACAUCCUACAGUGAAAACGUUGGAGCUUUAGUCAUAACCAAGGUUGCAAGUAGGUCUGUCUUCCUUACAGCAGGCGUAAUUCUGACUCUGUGUGGCAUGGUGGGUAAAUUCGGAGCUGUGGUCAGCCUCAUUCCUACUCCAGUGAUUGGUGGGGUGGCCGUUGUGACAUUCGGAAUGGUGGCAGCUGUCGGCCUAUCUACUCUGCAGUUUGUGGAUCUGUCCUCAUCAAGGAACCUCAUGGUGCUGGGUCUGGCGCUGAUGUUGGGCAUGAUGCUGCCUCAGUGGGUAACAAACAACCCCAGAGCUAUCGACACAGGUCAUGCUGAAUCGACUCACAUCUUGAACGUCCUUCUUGGAUCUCCUAUGUUGGUCGGCGGCGUUGUUGGGUGCAUCCUCGACAACAUAGCUCCAGGAACUAUAGAAGAGAGGGGGAUGCUGAAGUGGAGGGAGGAAGGAGUCAUUUGCAAGGAGGAUACAUCCAUUUCAUCUGGCGACACCUCCACGUACGAUCUGACGUUCAUCACACAGUACCUUCCUGCGGGACUCACGUGCAGCUGGCUCCCCGUGUCCCCGACCUACACCGGAGGAUUCUGUUGCCGACGUGGGAGGAGACAUCGACUGCACUGAUCACUAGGUUGACAUGACAUGCAUCUGACCGAAACGUUAACAUCAUACCAGUCUGCAUCCCUACUAGUGAAGUCCUUGUGUGAUGCCAAGUGUACUUCACUGGGGUAAGGUAGAUCUAUUUGGGACAGUGUGUGACUUUGCUGCAUGUGUAUCAUCGUGCAAGAAGGUAUGGAUGGAUGUCGCAAGAUGCUGGUUAGCCCGGUCCAGACUAACUAUUUGCAGGCCAGAGUGAAAUAGCUGGACUACUGCUAAGGCCUGGAGCAACAUUCAUUCCAUUAUACUCUUUGCUGCCAUACUCGAGUUAUUAAGAACUCACAUGGCUUUAUAAGGAUGUCGACGUAUUCUGAUGUGGCUGUAGUAAACAUGUAGCUACAUAUUACUUGAACAUAAUGUCAGAAGCCGGAUUAGAUAAAAUAUUUACAUGUAGAAAAGACCGCAGUAAUCAGAAUUUACACAAGAUGUGUCGUUUAUAAUACUUCUGUUGCUUUGUUGUCAUUCUUAAUUUUUUAAUGAUGCUUAUUAUUUGUUCCUCUAUAUUCAAGAUUUAUGAUUUAGUUUAAAGGAAUAAUGUUAUUGAUAUAAAACUGUCAUAUAUAAUAUAACGGAUUUAAACAAUAUCAUACUCAGGAAAACAUAGUUUCAUAUAAGGGAUUGGUGAACAGACAAAUAAAUAUCUAUAUAACACCUCUCUCUUUUAAAUAAAUAUAUAAUGUUAACGCCAGAGAAUAACUAGAGUCAAUAAUCUGCCGAAAGAGAUUCCAUUUGGUGUAAUGGCAAAAUAGCGGUGAUAAUAAUAUCAACUGAUCACUGAAAAUCAAUGAUAACACCAGGUAAUAUGUAGUUACUGGUAAAUAAAUGGGAGUUUGAAAUCAAAUUAAGGAAGUAUUUUUACAAUAUAAAGUAAAUAAUAUAACUUUUUAGUGUAUACAGCAUACAAAAGUCAAUAAGUUCACAUUUGAAGAGCAUGUUGUACAGAAUGUCAUGGUACGAGGUAAUUCAUAUCGAAUAUUUUGUUAGAUUCGUAUAUAUUUUACUGAACAUUUUCUUUCUAACUUUGCAACACUGAUUGCUAUUUUUCAUGAAAACAUAGCUGGUG